AUGGCUUGCUUAACUUUCUCACAACUAAAUAUAAGCAAGGCGAUUCUCAAAACCAAGUUUCGUCAAUCGGAAUUGCCCAAAGCGCCUGGGCUACUAUACAUGAGUACCUCCUCGCGCCGCACUCGCGCUAAACUUCCACCUUUACUUUCCACGAAAAACAUUUCCUGGGAAACCGCUCUCCCAUACUCUUCAGCGGAGAGUGGCGGUAGCCUUAUCAACGGAAAUAGGGCGGUGGAACCAAUUGAUUCAGAAGAAACACGAGAAAUUCCUAUGUUUCACAGUGAACAAGAUGUUGUAGAAGUAAAAAGCAGCUCUUUUCUUAUGCAGCUACCACUGAAGUGGUCAAUGUGGCUUCUGGGUCCUUCUAUUCUUUUAGCAACAGGCAUAGUUCCAACACUAUGGUUGCCUUUAGCUCCUGUGUUUCCUGGUGCAAACAUUGCUGGCCUUCUCUCUGUCGUCGGGCUCGACUGCAUAUUCAACAUCGGGGCAAUGCUGUUUCUCCUCAUGGCCGACGCGUGUGGACGCCCUCGAGAAAGUUCAACUUCCUCUGCCGUAGGAAGCCGAAUUCCGCUCCGUUAUAAGCUAUGGAACAUCGGGGCAAGCGCGCUGAGCUUUCUUGUACCCCUGCUGCUGCUUUUGCCUUCAUGCAAAAGCACUUUGCGGCCGCAGCUACCAUUCAACUCACUCAUGGUGCUUCUCGGGCCAUACCUGCUGCUUCUGUCGAUACAGAUGCUGACGGAGAUGCUCACGUGGCACUGGCGGUCGCCCGUGUGGCUCGUGGCGCCUAUCGUCUACGAGGGCUAUCGGGUGCUGCAGCUGAUGCGGGGAAUUUCGAUGGCUGGUGAGGUCCGCGCUCCCGCGUGGAUGGUGGACUGUCUUUGCUGGCUGGUCAUGUGGUGGGUUCUGAUUCUCGGCAUUCAGCUCAUGCAUGUUGCUUCGUUUGCUGGACUGCAAGAUCGAUCUGAAAGUUAA